AGCGCAUAGGAAAGCCUUAACGCUUCUCGCCCCCGUCCUGUCACCAUGUCGAGCACAUCGGCCAAGCGUCCUUCGGCCAAGCGCGCCCAUCCCAAGUACAGCGAGAUGGUCGCCGCCGCCCUCAGGGCCCUCAAGGAGCGCAACGGGUCCUCCCGCCAAGCCAUCCUCAGGUUCAUCGUCGCUUCCUUCCAGGUCGGGGACGAGAGAACCGCCGGCGUGCACUUGAAGCAGGCGUUGAGGAGGGGCGUCGCCAGCGGUUCCCUGCAGCAGACCAAGGGCACCGGCGCCUCCGGCUCCUUCAAGCUCUCGAAGGAGGAGCUGAAGAAGGCUGCGCCCAGAAAGGACUCGGCAAAGAAACCCACUUCUAAGACUGCAACAAAGAAACCCACUUCUAAGACUGCAACAAAGAAACCCACUUCUAAGACUGCAAUAAAGAAAUCCAGCACUAAGUCUACAGCAAAGAAAGUCCCCACUAAGACUGCAACAAAGAAAGCCACUACCAAGACUCCAAAGAAACCCAGCGUAAAGAACGGAUUAUUUUGGAAUAUGAUUGUCUAUGUAAACGACUAUAAUGUAUAA